GAGCUGAAAUUGAACAACUGGCAGGGGAAUCAAAUCCAGAGUAGAACUAGUAUCUUUUUUUAAAGUUUUUGUUAUUAUUUUAGUAAGGUAGAUGGACCUCAAGCCAGAGAAAAUACAGCGGGUCCUUUCUAAGUACAAGUUUCGCGAUGUCGCCAUUGAGGAGCUACAAAAAAUCCAUCGAAUCUUCCCAGAUUUGGAUCCACAUCCAGGGACUUACACAUUCACUGACAGCAGCCAAAAAGACCUUCUAAAAUUAAUUGGCGUCAUUCCUGUAAAGUAUGAUGGUCGCUCCUACAACAUCCCUAUCCAGCUGUGGCUUCUGGACUCAUUCCCCUUCACUCCACCGAUAUGCCUCCUUAAACCCACCUCCAACAUGGUGAUCAGAGAGGGAAAACAUGUCGACGCCAAGGGGCGGAUCCACCUUCCGGGACUUCACAACUGGGAUUAUCCCAGGUCAUCUGUCGUUGGUCUCCUAAAUGAGAUGAUCAAGAAGUUUGAGGAGGUCCCUCCGCUUUCGUCAAAACCCACAGAGGACACCAAAGACCCCCAUGAGCUCAUGGCGUUUGUCUCUAAUCUUCAGAUCAAUGAUGGUGACAAUCGACAUCUCAGCCAACAAAACAUCAAAGUUUCAGUAAUUGGAGGAGGGGAUUUGGGCAUGGCGUGUGUGAUGAGCAUUUUAUCUAAAUGUAAUGUGGACAAACUAGUUUUCAUUGACCUUACCGAAAGCUCCACUAAAGGCGGGAGUACAGAUCUUGAAAUGUUUCAUCUGCCAAAGGUACAGGUAUCCAAAGAUCUUUCAGCUUCUGCAGGAUCAAGGGUCAUAGUUGUGACGGCAAACUCCUGGAGCAGUGAAGAGUCAUACGUUAAGGUGGUCCAGACUAAUGUGGAUCUAUACAGAGGAAUAAUCCCCAGUUUGGUACAUUUUAGUCCCAACACUCUUCUGCUCAUUGCAUCCCAACCAGUGGACAUCAUGACGCAUGUUGCCUGGAGGCAAAGUGGUCUCCCUCCGACACGAGUGAUCGGAGCCGGGUGUAACCUGGACUCAGAGCGGCUGAGCUACAUUCUGACUGUUAAUCUGAAUUUGCACAAACCCGCAUGGGUCAUAGGAGAGCUCUCAGACAACAAAGUUCCUGUAUUGAGUAAUGUUGGGCUGAAUUCUAAUGGAACACCAGAGAUCGCCAGAUCCAACUCCCACAAACCAUUGUUAGACAGAGGAUUUGGGCUGAUGAAAAAUCAAGGCCAGCGGUCCUGGUCUGUGGGUCUUUCUGUUGCUGACAUCACCAACAGCAUCCUGACAGACAAGAACAAGACUCAUUCGAUCUCUACACUGGCUCAGGGCUGGGGCGGCAUAGGCGCGGAGGUGUUCCUCAGCUUGCCGUGCAUGUUGGGAGCGAAUGGAUCCGCUCGGUUGGCUGGAGUAUCACUGGGACCUGAAGAAGACUCUAAAAUCAGGACAAGUGUUAACACUCUCUCCACCCUCAUGAGUCAGUUAAGGAUAUGACUGAGGAGCAGUCAGGGAAUGCCCUCUGCUUCACAUGAAGGACAGUGAUUUCGAUGAAGUUUAAAAAGAAAAACUAGACACCAAAGGCAUAAUUUCCAACACAUGGAAAUUGUGCAAUAAUCUAAUGCAAGAAAAUAUAAGUUGCACUUUUUAUUUUAAGUUCAAGGCCUCAGAUGCCUGCUUUGCACUUUGUCAUGCUGCAAUAAGGUAAUGUUUUGUUUUCUUUUAAAGUCAUGGGAUUUUGUGCAAAACAUCUUUAAGAUGAGCACAAUCUUCUGAAGCUGCUUAUUCUGUUAAAUCACUACAGCAGCUGCUAUUUAGAAUACUUUAUUUCUGGAAAGUGAACAGAAUUUUGUCAAAAUCAAGGUAUUUGAUCAUGAAGAUGUACUAUGUGCACUAUAAUCCAGAGGUGGUUUGGGCUAUAAAUCAGUAGAUUGACUCAAGUACAGCUUUUGUGUCUGCUGUUAUCCUGUUUCCUCAUUAGA